ACAUGGCUUUUACAGAUGAAGACGCGAACGCUGAAUUAGAAAAACUCCAGCAGAACAUUACCCUUACCCUUCAAGCUAUUGAUCAAAACUUUGCUAAAUGCAAUCAGAUCGUUUCAUCGAGCAUUCUACCAGCCGUGGAUAAGUUUGCUGAAGCCAGUAAAGGCGUGUGGAACGGUAGCAAGUUAUGGCUCUACUUUUUCCAGUCACUUGACGAUGGGCAUGGACUGACGCGCACAGACGACGAGAUCAUGGGUUCCAAUCGACCGCCAUUAGGCGCUUCGACUAUUGCAACGACACCGGGGGAUCGCACAACAACCGAUUUGCGCGGACGAUCGCCGUGGCAACGUCUAAACAACGAAAUGAGUUUGGAAGCUGUAUCGGAUACGUCAUCAUUAUUACCAAGUAUGACCCGCCACCGCGCAUUAUCACCCACAUUGUCCCAUUCCGAUCAUAAACUGCUGGGCAAAGUAUUACGACGCCAAUUCCAUGAACAUGCCUGUACACCGGCACCGUUGUCUGUUUCUGACGCAUUUAGCACGGUACAACGCGCGUGCAGUGAAUCGUCUUCGUCAUCACGUACAGGCGAUCCCACCGAUCAGAAUGGCUUGUCACCUCCUCGCACCAUACCCUUUGGUAUUUCGCCCUCGCGUUUAAUAGGAACCCCGCAACGGGACGCCGCCAAGAUUAUCACUGAGGAUCUACUGGCAGCUGCUGGAGCAGGCAGCCCGCCGUCGUCUUCAUCGAAUACCGGAAGCGCACGAAUGAUGGAUCAUGCGGAACAUCGAUCGAAUAAAAGCACGACGUUAUGGGAUGGAAGCGCGUUGAGCAAGGCCGACGAUGAGGGACGGGAACAUUUUGAACAAUUUAUGAAGAACCGACAAGAAAGACUACAACAGAUGGAUCCAGAGGAGGAGUUGCAGGCAGUCUAUGGUCGGUUUGUGUCACCGUAUCAGGCCACGACACCGAUGUACAGAAAGGCCACCACGCCCAUGGUGAGCACACCGACGGUAAAAAGAGUAUUUGAAAGCUACAACCAGGAUUUGCGAGUAUCGAAACGGCCGCAGCACGACGAUGAUAGCUGGCAUAAUGUAUCCCGAUCCGUAACUAAUAGCGAAUCAGAUGAGCGGAGACGGGCACCACCACAGGAUGAUGAUUUCGAUCUUCCCUCGUUUAAUCAGCCGUCAUUUAGCCAAUUGUCGUUACCCGACAUCCCGAGCGAGCCGGGGGAUGUGGCUUACGAAUUCUCGCAAGCAUUACCUUCGCACCGUGCGAUUGCGACACCCGGAAUGAGUGAAAAUGGAAGUUUGAGAAGCGGUGAGUCGACGCCAAGUAUGAUGUCGAUGGUGAGUGGCAUGUCAGGUCAAAUUCCUGUACGGUUCAGCCUGAAAUACUUCCCCAGUUCGUUCCAAUCACCGCCUGGUUCCACCCAGUUGACUCGUCUGCAUUCCAUUUUCGCGGAUCGACCUGGUCAAGUGUUGACGAUGGAGGAUAUCCUGACCAUUGUGGAAGACGCCAACCCACCUUAUAACGAACAGAAUCUGAUAGUCCUCUUGGACAUGCUCAAACGAAAAAAGUUUAUCAGAAAGACCAGCCAAGGGUGGUCCAUUCGCCGUUAAAAUGCAUAUGUACAUAGAAACAACUUGUCUUAUUGACUAUCAUCUGGGAAUAUCAAAGCAUAAUAGUACUAAUAAAUAACCAACUCAGGCCGUGCUUGUUCGCUUACUGAUCUCUUGGAGCCAACAC